CCCGUCGCCUACUCCACCCAAAGGUUGCUUCUCCCCGACUUGUCCUGGGCAUCACGACGUGGUUUCCAGACAAGACGUUCGGUUUGACCUACACGUCCUGUCACGCUCGUUCCUUUGGGCUUGCCGAGCAUCGCCAUGACUCGUGGCAAGCAAAAGAUUGAGUCGCAGAAGCGCAACGAAGCGCGAAAUCAGAAGGCUAAAGGCUCGCAAUUAGAGGCCCGCGCCGCUGCGUUCAAGUCAGCAUGCCCGAUCUGCAAGGUUCUGCUCGCCAAUUACAACCAGCUAGUGGACCAUUAUGCCUCUAAACACCCUAAAGAACCGGUUCCCCCACAGCCAGACUCAUGACACAGGCUUGUGGGCAGGCUACACCUAUUGUCCGCCUUAUCACGCCUAUUCCUCACCUCAGUUCACGAGGCAUCUCCAGCUCCACUACAACUCCAGCUCCUAGUCUCUACACCAGUUUUUCAUACCCCGGUUGAUCCCCUACUGUAGGGUUUCUGCACCACUCCAGCAUCGUGUGCUCAUUUGUAAAUUGUGACAGCUGGGUCGACAACACUUGCUGCAACAGACCUGACGGAUUUCCACUGGUUUUAUUGUAGGUUAUUCAAAACCUUCCGUAUAGUGUCAAGUUCCAGUUAGAAUACUAGAAUGGAAUAGAAAACAAGAAAGAACAAGGGGGAUAUAGGGUUGGAGUUGUACCCUUUAUGAACAUGCACCUAUCUGUUAGAUUAUAUAUGUUAUAUAAUUGUAGGCUUGGUAGGC